AUGGACUCGGGCUCUGCAGAUCCCAUCUCAGAGGCUCACGCGUUGGUCACUGAGCUGUACUCUCCCGCCAAUCAAAGAAAUCCAACGCGCAUCAAUGACAUCCAAACGCGCCUGCAGCACCUCCAGAGAGGUGAUCAUGCCUGGCAGAUUGCUGAUUCACUGUUGAGAGGGCCUUCGGCUCAUCAUCGAUUCAUGGGAGCCCUCACAUUCACGGUGAAAGUGAAUGUCUCUAGUCAUGAUAUCGACGAGGCGACUAGCCUCCAGGUCUUAGAGCAUCUGAUUCACCACUUCGUGACAAUUGUGAAGCAAGGAGAACAAGCCAUGGUAGUCCGGAAGCUUGCAUCCAGUCUGGUCACCCUCUUCAGGCAUUCAACGUGUCCCUGCGAGAGAGUAUUGUGGCAGGUAGCAGCUAGCCUGGCCCAUGGGGGCUUUGUUUCCGAACAGCAAGCGCAGACUGUGGACUUUUCGACUUCGUUGCUGCCCACUCUCGACACUCAGCAAGCUACAGCUUUGCUAUUCUUUUCGGUCACACUUGCCGAGGCCACGCUACGGCUCGAAGAUGAGCCCAAUGAACUGGUGGGAUCAGCACUUGGACGAGCAAUCACCAACACCGGAGACGGUUUGCUAUUGGUGCAGUACAUCCUGCCACAGAUUUCAGAGCAGUCUGGAGCAGCCUUGGAUAAGCAGGUUCAUCAGACCCUGGGUAGCGAGGUCAUGAACUCCUGGAAAGCGUGGCUUGGUGUUGCUUCCAACCGAUCGCUACCAAAUGGAGAUGAAGUUCAUGGCCUAGCCGUCUCUUGCGGCCACAAUAUCAUAGAGACCCUCAGAGUGCCUGUCCUGAGUGAACUUGCCGCUUCUACCCUGACACAGGUCUUUGAAAGUCGCCGUUCGGCUUUCGAUGACACUUCCAUCUGGGUUCUCGCGCAGGUACUCGCUGAUUCGAUCGUGACAACGCAUAUCACAUCUCUCACAGAGGGCCAUGAAGACUCCGAGAGCAUGACUUAUGUCGACCUUUUGGUCGCUUAUCUAUCACACCUUCAGCUGAAAGUCUUCAGCGACCCCAUGCCGCCUGAGAAUGCCAAGAUCCUCAAUGUCGCGCAUAAUAUCUUCAAAACACCAGGUUAUGCGGUGAUUGACGACCCGGCUACGCCUCGUGUACUCGAAUUUUGGAAUGAAAUCGCGGAAGGUGUGCUCGACGAGUUACAGGGAAACGACCCCAGAUGGCAAAUGAUCAAAGCGCACUUGGCACAAGUUGUGCUUGGUCUGUUCAACAAGCUCUUGUACCCUCCGUCAGAUGACCUGGCCGACUGGAGCGAUGAGGAACGGAGUGAAUUCAAUGCAUUCCGCCACGAGGCCUGUGAUUAUUUGCUCUCCGCAUAUCCCAUUCUCGGCGUGGAAUUGGUGAGUGUGUUCCAAGAAAGUGCAACAAAUCACCUCCAAAAUGGCGACUGGCGCGGAUUCGAGGCUGCAAUGUUUUGUAUCGCCCAGCUCUCUGAGGCUGUCGAUGAAAACGGACAUGCAGAUCAAUGCCUAGACGCUAUCUUUGGAAGUGAUGCCUUUGCACGCCUCUGCGCAGGCGGGGAGACGGGGAUACCUCUCAAGGCGCGUCAAACCUUGGUGGACACAUUUGGAAAGUAUGAAUCCUACUUUGAACGACACAAUUCGCUGCUCCCCGGUGUUCUCAACAUCCUUUUCGAGUCUUUGAAUUUCGAAUCGUGUGCCCAGGCAGCUUCUCGGUCUUUCCUAACCCUUUCCAAAUCGUGCUCCCGAGUCUUGACGUCGGAGCUACCCAUUUUCCUCGACCAACUAGACCUCUUUCGCACCAAACCAACAGCGACCUCCUCCACCAUGCCUAAGGUCCUCGAGGGCAUUGCGACUAUCGUUCAGAGACUACCCACCGAUGAAGAGAAGGUGCAGACCUUGGAGCGAAUUCUGAGCUUCUUUGUGCAAGAAGCCACCCAGGCGCGACAAGAGGCUGCCAAUUCAGCAUAUGAUGUCGCUUGUUCACAUGGUCACUUGAUUCUGAGCUGCAUUGCCAGUAUCGGCAAAGGUCUGCGCUUGGAUGCGGACGAGGUUAUCAACAUCGAUGCCACCGCAACAGAACAAAAUCCAUAUCCCCCAUCCUUUUGGAACUCGGGGCCCGGAUCACGGGCUCAGCAGUUCAUCAUGGAAUCCAUGCGUUUGCUUGUCGUGGACUUUCCCGUGGACAGCAACAUGAUCGAUUCCGCAUGUGAUAUUCUCAAAGCUGGAUACACCGAGUCAUCCGGACUAUUCGUAUUCCCCCCAUCCAUGACAGUUGACUUCAUCAAAAGUUUCCCGCUGGGCAUUUCUGGCACUGAUGUCAUCAUGGGAACUGCGUCUGCCUUUUUGGCCUCCCAUGCAUCUCAUUUCAUCCAGAUUCGCGACGAGGCGGUAGCGUUGAUUGUCCACGUUUCCCAGUUAUUCGCAUCGAUGCUGGAUAAUUCCAAUCUGUACGACCCGGAGACGGCCAAUGCCGGCAUUGAUUUCUUCGCCCGCCUGACCCCCAAAUACUACACGGUGCUCUUUUCUCUGACGGAGCCCCUGCCAUCCCUGGCACCCAAUUCGUCAUAUCAAAGUACCCCAGCGUUUAGCGUUCCCUUACACUUUGCUCUCCACGCGUUGACCCGACCGGAAGCAUUGACUCUUCGCUCGGCAUCGGCCUUCUGGGUCGCCCUCAUCGACCUUCGCGGCAACUCUGCGGAAGAGACUGCCGCCCUGGACCAAGUCCUCCACUCAUUCAUCCCCCGACUGAGCCAGACCUUGAUCAACCAGGUCGCGGGCCGUUGCGCACGGUCGGAUCUGGCCUCCCUUGGCGAUGUGCUUCGCCGCUUGAUCUUCAAGAAGAUGGCAUUCGCCCGGCCCAGUAUUGAUGCCGCCCUCGACGCGCUGGACUUGCACACCCUGGAUGAUACCUCGAAUCGCGUCCCAAUCCUUUCCCAGCAAGACAAAUCUCGAUUUGUGCAGUCGUUGGUUGUUGCACGCGGUGCGAGGCAGCAGUCGACGGAGAUCAUUCGAGCAUUUUGGCUCAAAUGCCGUGGUAUGAGCUAUGAUUAUGCCCAAUGA